AUGGCAAGCACCCGCGCCAUGCUCUUGGCCACCUUGGUGGCGCUUGGCGCUUGCUUGAACCUCACGCUUUCUCAAGAGCAGGGCAUCCCACAGCACUGCGCUGCCGACUCCGAGGCCCUUUUGCUGGGUGAAAUGGUUGAGCUUCAGCGCAACUUUCAGCAACAGCCCGCUCGCAUCCUCAUGGCUGCGACCCACUUGUGCCGCUCGGCCUGCGCUUUUGCAGGUGCCACCUCGUGGCGGCUUACUGAUGACUGGCCGGAUGUUGCGCGUGGCUCAGCUCGCUAUGGUGAUGCUUCGGCUCUUGUGGCAUACAGCGCCGACAUGCAGGCGCUCCUCGAUCGUAUUGCCCCCAACCAGCCCACGUCCGCUUUUCGCGUGGCCGCCUCCAAACAAAUCAUCUCGCUUUACCUCGAUGACGCCAGUCGUGCACAGCUCGGUUUGGACGUGGAUGCUAGCUCUGCUUUUGUGCAGCAUCUACGAGGCCUCGGUGAUAGCUUUGACACUCGCUACUUGCGCUUUGACUUUCAUCACAGGGGCACGAACGACACGCGCCUCAUCAACACCGUCACCCGCCAAUUGCCGUGGCUCGUCACUGCGGGCGGCAAUGGCAAACUGCUCGACGCCAUCUCAAACUACGUGCCCAUGAAAUGGCACCAGGAUCUCGGAUGCUUGCAUUGCGUCAACGACGCGACACAACACCCCGAGCACAAAGUUGUUAUGGCUCUGGUCGUCGAACUGCGCUCGCCCUUCCUGCGGGCCGUGCUCGAGCGCUUGGCCCAGCAGUCCCUCUCCCCCCAACAAAUGGCCCUCAUUGUUGGCAUUGAGGAGGGUGACAUGAGUGUGACCUACACGUCGUUGGUUCAAAACUUUACAGAAGAAUUCAAGGACUCGUUUGCUUCGAUCCAGAUCGUUGCCGGUCUCAAGGGCCGAGCUUUGCGAGAGGCUCUUUUCCAAGGCGCUGCCGCUGUGUCGGGCUUUCAAGGCGCAUCCACCUUCCUUAUCAGCUCGCUGACAUACCUGACCAACCCAAAUACGACCGCUCAUCUUCUCAAUGAGAACCAAUCGGUCCUUGCGCCUGUUUUGCCCCGCCACCAGAAGCUGUACAGCAACUUUUGGGGUGCUAUUGACGGAGACGCCCGGUCGCACUGCCACGAUUUUCAUGCCACUUGCCCGGCCUGGCAGUUGGCCGGCGAAUGCGAAACUAACGAAGUUUGGAUGUCGAACAACUGCGCCAAAGCCUGUCAGGCCUGUCAGGUCCCCGGCGACGUUCAAGGCGUACGCUAUAAGCGCUCCUGGGAUUAUCGCGACAUUGCCACGCGCGAAGUGCAGGGUGUUUGCGCCUUGCUGCUCAAGCCAACAGCAGCGUUGGCCUUGCAGCAGCAGCUCUCGACCAGUCCGGAGCACGAAAACUACCUGCCCGUGGACUGGGAUCUCAAGUUGACUGAGUGGCUCCAUGCCGCCAAGUUUGAGGUCAAGGUCGAUAAUCAAGAGUCUUUUGGUACCCUCAUCGAUCCAACCAACUUUGAUAGCCGCAAGACCCACCCAGACAUGUUUCUUGUUGAGGCCAAUCCCGAGCCGUGGGCUGAUAUUUACAUCCACCCCGACUACCAGCCAUAUAAAAAGCUGGACUUUGUACAGGGUCGUUGCUGGGAUAUCUACAACUUUCCGCUCUUUUCUGAACAAUUUUGCGGUGAAAUGAUUCAGUGGGCCGAGACCAUGAACUUGUGGUCGGGUGGCGAUAACAAGGAUAAGCGUCUCAAGGGCGGCUACGAGCCCGUUCCGACGCGCGACAUCCACUUCAACCAGAUGGACUUUCAGUCUGCUUGGUCUUUGUCGGUGCUUUUUGGAGUGCGAGCUCUCGAGAUGGUUUGA